AUGGCCCCACCCCACCCUCGUCGCCCCAUAGCCAAAGACCGUUUCGCCGCCCUCUUCCCAACCCUCAAAGUCCAAACAUACCAAGACCCUACCUCUCGAGGCCCAGGCUCCCACACAAUCCGCACCAUCGCCUGGAACCCCACGGGCCACCUGAUAGCUACCGGCUCCGCAGAUCGCACGCUGCGGAUAUGGAAUCCCGAGAAGCCGCAGGUGAAGAAUAGUACGGAGUUGAGAGGGCACACGGGGGGGGUAGAGCGGGUUGCUUGGAAUCCCACGAAGGAGGCGGAGUUGGCGUCCGUGAGCAGUGAUGGCACGUGCAGGUUCUGGGAUGUGAGGAGUAAGACGUGCACAGCGACUGUGCAGCUAGGAGGGGAAGGAUUGACGAUCGCAUGGGCGGCGGAUGGGAGCGUGGUUAUGGUUGGGCGAAAGGACGAUACCCUCAUCCCCAUCACCAUCCACCCGGCCCCAACCGCCCAACCCUCUCACGCCCCAGCGCUCCAAACAAACCAAUGCACCUUCAACCACACCUCCCCGCCAACCCACCUCCUCCUCACCCGCGGCGACGGCUCCGUAACCAUAUCCUCCUACCCCACCCUCCAAACCCUCCACACGUUGCACGCCCACACCUCCUCCUGCCUCUCCCUCGCCCUCUCCCCCACCUCCCGCUACUUGGCAAUCGGCGGCUCGGACGCGCUGAUAUCCCUCUACGAUACGACAGACUGGGUCUGCAAGCGCACGCUGACGAAUCUGACCGGAGCGGUCAAGAGCGUGGGGUUUAGUUUCGAUGGGAGUUUUGUGGUGGGAGGGAGUGAUGAGGGGAAUGUGCUCGAGGUGGCGCAUACCGAGUCGGGCGAGUAUGUGGGGAAGGUGGACAUUGGGGCGAGCGGUGGGUGUGGGGUUGUGGCGUGGCAUCCCGGGAGGUAUUGGAUCGCUUGGGCAGGGGAAGGGGGUGGGUUGAAGAUUUUGGGGGCUGCUGGGGGACAGCUGUGA